AUGUAUGGCCAUCGCUACCGCCACCCAGUGGUUCAUAGUACCUUCAUGUGGGGUGCCUCCACCGUGUUCCUCUCACUGACGUCCUCCAUCAUCAGCUCCUUUCUGGAUAGGAGCACAGAGCCCAAGUGUGACGGCAUGCUGCCACUGUUUGGCAAGCAAAACCCCGACGUCCAGAACAUGUGGACCCUUCUCCUGUGGAUCAUGCUCAUCCUCACCAUCAAGUGCAAUGCUGAUGUCGCCAUGGCAACUGUCGCCGCAGCUGUGGCAUCGCCUGACGGCAGCAACGUCCACAUCAACGGCCAGAGGAUCAGGGCCCCCGUGGAGGUCAUCGCUCAGUACGCCUGGGCGGCCUUCCUUAUCAGAGGCUCUGUGUCCCAUUGGUGGGAUGGCUGGGCCGUUUCAACAUAG